GCGGAGAGCUGCGGGAGCCGGCCAGCUUGUUGGACUUUGUGCAGCUGCUGGGAGAGCCGAGCGGCAAGGAUGCAGCUCCCGAGAAGCUGGCGCGCUGGGCUGCGGCUGCAGCUUUGGGCGACCCUGAUCGGUUUGCUGAGUUUGCUGGCCCGAGGAGGAGCAGCAGCUGAAAAUAUUAACCAUCAAGAAAAGACCGUGCGGCCAGAGAAUGACUUAAGUCUUACCACUUCUCCAUGGAAAGGAACAACUAAAGAAACCCCUAGGAAUACCACCGCCAGUCCAAGCCCCAGCCGUGGCCCCAGCUCCAGCCCCAGUCCCAGUUUCACUUCCCCGAAGAGCAGCACAGCUACAGGGAGUACACAGUCAACCACACCUAACCCAGAAACCUCAGAGCCUGAAACUCGGAAUCGCACAUCUACCUCUGGAGUCAGCCUAACCUCUGGAGCUGUGAACACCUCUGCCCAAAAUGAGAUCCUUCCAGUCACCACGGUGCCCACCAACCUGACAAUAGCCAAUUCAUCUUCUCCAGAGGAGACAGUGAUGACCAGCGUGUCUGAGACCACAUCAAGUCCACUCACCAAUGGUACCAACCCUACAACCAUUUCUACAGAACCAUUGCUGACUAGUGUGGUCCCAGUUAUAAUUGAGAAACACAUCAGAUGCUUAAAAAUCAAGCAAGUACAAGCAUCGAAGGGCAUCUGCUUGGAGUUGAACGAGACCUACAGUUGUGAGGAUUUUAAAAAGGCCCAGGGAGACAACCUAACUAAGGUGGUUUGUGAGCCUAAGGUGUCUGAGGCAGAAGCUGGGACCCAGGACUGCUCCCUAAUCUUGGCUCAAUCUGAAGUAAAUCCGAGCUGCCUGUUCUUGGUUCUGGAUUCAAAAGGUGAUAUUUCUCACAUGCUCGAAGUCAUGAAUAAGCACAAGUCUAACCUGGAAAAGUUAGGGAUCCAGGACUUCCAGGAGCAGGACAUCCGGAGUCACCAAAGCUAUUCCCGAAAAACACUGAUUGCCCUGGUCACCUCAGGUCUCUUGCUGGCAGCUCUGGGCACGGCUGGCUACUUCCUCAUGAACCGUCGGAGCUGGAGCCCUGCAGGAGAGAGACUGGGAGAAGACCCCUAUUACACGGAGAAUGGUGGAGGCCAGGGCUAUGGUGCAGGCCCUGGGGCCGGCCCUGAUUCACAGGAAAAGGCCAGUCAGAACCGAGGGGCCCAAGAGAAUGGGACCAGCCAGGCCACAUCCAGCAAUGGCCACUCGUCAAGACAGCAAGUGGUGGCUGAUACAGAACUGUGAUGGGACAAGGAAGGGCUUGGAGCUGGUGGGGCCAGGAGAAAGACCUUCCCCCUAGAGAGCUCUAUGGCUCCUCCCCACCUUUCCCUCCCUACUGUCCAUGUAGCACCCCAGUUCCCAAAUUGUUCUUACCCUUUAUCAUUCUCUCUCUCUCUCUCUCUCUCUCUCUCUCUCUCUCUCUCUCUCUCUCUCUCUCACUUCACACAGCUUUUUGUGUUCCAUAGCUUGGGCUAGGGGAGGAAUUUCUCUUAUUACCGGAUGCCCAGGUCAGUGGUGCCUCUUUAAUGCUCUGUUCAGCGUGCCUGCUGGGGACCCUAACUCUUACCUUGGUCUAUUCAGGGCCAGGGUGUGACAAGAAAGAACCAAGGCUCCAGAGCCCAUAUAUAGGACUCUAUAAAUAGGGACUGGGCGCCUGGGGCAUGAGCCAAGCUCCAGAUGAACCUCUCUCCCUGCUAGAUCAGAGAGUUAGUAUCUCUGCCACACUGGUCUCUCUCCCCACUUCUACCUCCCCCCCUGCGGCCCCACUCUUCUAUUUCCAAUUCCUAGGAAGAGAGGAAAAGUUGGGGCUGCCAAUGCUUCUGUGAAGGAUGCCCAUUAUCCAGGACUUUCCCUUCCAUUUUCUUCCUUUCUUGUAAGGAAGCCACAUUAACCACUUUCUGUCCUUCCUGCCUAUAUAUUCAAGACUAAACAACUUGUUUUUCCCCAAAUGUUUCCCUCUGUCCUCCUACAGAACAGAAUUGGCUGUCCUUGCCUUCCCUCUUAAGCCCAAUACAGCCUAACCAUUUCUCUUGUAAGUGAAUAUAUCCAUGGGCAGCUCUCUGGGAGAUGGAGAUUAGAACCAACCAGAUUCUUAAAUUUUUUUGGUCUGUGCUCAUGCAUUUGUAGGUAUAUAUACUGGUAUGUGGGGACAUAUCAGUGAUAGCAAAUUGUGCUCAAUCUUGGCCUCCUCUGGGGAAAGUGGUGGGGGGAGUAGAGACUGCAAACCUCUUCUUGGACACAGGAAGCUGGGUCGAGGGGUCCCACCUGUUAGCAGCUCCUGUUGCCUCUGGCUUCCCUAAGAAAGUGCCCAAACAAGAGCCUUGGAAAGGCAAAAUGACAUUAUUUCUGGCUGUCGCAGCUUUGACCUCUGAUUUCUAACACCUAGCCCCUCCGUCUCAGCCAAGGUCCUUAUCUGUGGCUCUCAAUAGUUUCUACUGGUGCCAUCCCCUUAUGAACCUCACUCCCCCAGUUCCCCAUGCCUCCACAUCCCUUUCACACCCAACAACUCUUUGCUCACCACCGAGAAUCAGCCUCUUGGGAGAAAAGGAUAGAAUAGUUCUGGGGAGUGAGGAAGCAGGAGUCCCUAGGUUCAACAGCCCUUUGAAGCAUCACUUUCCAGAGGCAGGGAAGAGGGUUGUAGUUUUUGGGUUUUUUUCCACCUUGAAAAAAUGUUUGUAAAUACUGUAAUUAAAGUGAUAGUAAAACGGGUAUGUUUCUAUUG